AUGUUUAAAAAAUUUACGAGAGACGAUAUACAUUCACGUUCUAACGUGAAGUCCUCUAUCCAAAGAACUCUUAAGACAAAGUUAGUCAACCAAUACCCUCAAUUGGAACCGGUUAUCGAUGAACUGAUCCCAAAAAAGAGUCAAGUAGAGGUAAUCAAAUGUGAGGAUAAGAUUCAGCUAUAUGCCGUGAACGGUGAAGUACUGUUCUUUCAACAAUUUGAUGAAUUAAUUCCAAGUUUAAAGCUUGUCCAUAAAUUCCCAGAAGCUUACCCAACAGUUCAAGUAGAUAGAGGUGCUAUUAAAUUUGUUCUUUCAGGUGCAAAUAUUAUGUGCCCGGGUCUAACAUCUCCAGGUGCCAAACUACCAGAUGCCCCCGGCUUUGAAAAGGAUAGUGUUGUUAUUAUUAAUGCUGAGAACAAGGACAGCGCAUUGGCCAUUGGUCGUCUUUUGAUGAGCACCGAAGAUAUCAAGUCCAUUAAUAAGGGCCAUGGUGUUGAAUUGAUUCACCAUUUAGGUGAUCCCUUAUGGAACUUCUCCAUCGAAUAG